AUGGCCGGACUCCUACGCAACAAAGUCGUCGCCAUCACCGGGGCAUCGCAGGGCAUCGGCCGUGCCACGGCGCUGGCCUGUGCCCAACAAGGCGCGGGGCUGGUGCUGCACCACCUGGGGACGGAGCAGACGCGGUCGGACAUGGACGCGCUGCAGACGGAACUGCGCGCCAUCGACCCGUCGCUACGCCACACGUCGUUCGGCGGCGACGUGGUGCAGCCGGAGACGCCCACCAACCUGGUGUCGGAGGCGGUGCGGCGCUUCGGCCGGCUCGACGUGCUGAUCAACAACGCCGGGAUCUGCACCUUCGCCGACUUCCACGAGGUCACGCCCGCGCUGUUGGAGCGACACAUGGCCGUCAACUUCACGGCGGCGUACAUGCUGACGCAGGCGGCGACGCGGCAGAUGGUGGCGCAGGGCAACAACAACAACAACACCAUCAACAACACGGGAGGCAGCGUGGUGAGCAUCGCAUCCAUCACCGCGGUGCAGGGCUCGUCGGCGCUGACGCACUACGCGCCCUCGAAGGCCGCCGUGUUGGGCAUGACGGUCGCGUGCGCCAGCGCCCUCGGACGCCACGGCAUCCGCUUCAACAGCAUCUGUCCCGGCACGAUCGAGACGGACAUGAACAAGGCCCACCUCGACCGCGACGGACUGCGCGCCGUCAUGGCCGGCAAGACCGCCCUCGGGAGGCUGGGGACACCCGAGGACAUUGCCGGCGCGGCCGUGUUUUUCGCCAGCGAUCUCAGUGCCUAUGUCACGGGCCAGUAUUUGUUGGUGGACGGCGGCGCGUCGACGCAUUAUGAGUGA